GCCACUGAGCGCGGCCACCAGGGGGCGCCGCCCCGCCGGCUGUCGCUGGGCCAAUCAGCGCGGGGGCGGGGCCAACGCAAAGGCCUAGGCCGGCCUCCUGUAGUCACGCCCCACACGUGGGCGCGGGGGGGCGGUGGUAGACAGCCCGGUGUUAGAGAUGGGCAAGGGUUGCUGCCAAAGGGUGGGGAAAUGUCCCGCGCAGACGAGCAUUGAGGACUAGCUGAGCUGUGGUAGAGCUGUCUGUGGGCUACACAAGGGUACAGAUGGCACCAGAGAAAAUGGGAUGGGAUAGGAUGGGACGGGUCCCUCACUGCCCUGGAGGGGAGAGGCCGGAGGCCUAGCCAUGGAGACUGGCCUGAGCCUGAUUCUUUCCUUUUCUACAGGGACCCCUGGGAAGGUAAAAGAAAGAGAAGGCGCCCAAACCCACCAAGAAGCCCAAGGAGAAACUACCUAAGGGCUCCGAGAAGCCCAAAGAGGAAGCUCCCAAGCCCACCAAAAAACCCAAGGAGAAGCCUCCCAAGGCCACCAAAAAGCCAUUAGGAAAGAAAAAGCCGGAGGCAACACCCCCUGUCCAACCUGAGAAGGAAGAGAAGGACAGGUAUUACCAGCCUGAGGAUCCCCUGUUCCCUCCCCCUGCCAGAGAGGAAGAUGACUACGGGGUGGCCGAGCCCUCCAGGCUCCCCUCACCAUAUGAUGAGGAGGAGCGAUCCCAGGUAUAUGGGGAACGGGACAGAGUUGAGUGCAGGCAGCACCAUCAGAAACCCAAGAAGCCACCCAGCAGGAAGAAAACAGAAAGGAUCAGGCCGGAACCAGAGCCUGAACUGCAGCCAAAGAAGCCAAGCAUGUGGGCAGGGAAGCCAGUGGAGCCGCCCAUGCCACCUGCGAAGACCAGCUAUGAGGAGGGGCUAAAGCAGCUGGACUGAUGACGGUUUUGUUCCCAUCUGUGGUGAGCUCCCCAGCAGAGAGGUGUGAAGCCAGCCAGGAAGGAAGGGGAGGGGAAAGCCCCAUUAGCUUUGAACACACCAUUUUAGGGGCGCUCUGCUUUUCGGAGGCUCUGACUGGCCCAGCUGGACCCCCCUGCCUCCCACCCGGGAGCCUAUAAAGGCAGCAAGGGAGAGUGCCCCUCCAGUGGCAGGACAGAGACACACCAAUGGCUUUGGCACUGAUCGUCCCCUUGGUCCUUGCUGUGGCCACAGCAUUGGCCCAGCAGGACCAGUUCCCCCAAAGAUGCCUCCAGGGCCCGGCGUACUGGUGCCAGGAUGCAGAAACAGCCACUGAGUGCCGGAAAGAGCAGUUCUGCUUGAGUUUCUGGGACACUGCUCUGGAUCAGCUGGAGGAGGGAGCCCUAAUCCCAAAGAUAUUCUGUACCACCUGCACCAAAGUCAUUCGGUGGCUCCAGUCCACAGUGGGGGAGGAUGCUGACGAGACCACCAUCGAGAAGGCCGUGAAGAGGGUGUGCAGGAUGCUGGGCAAGCACCUGGGCCGGGCAUGCACAUCACUGGUGAAGAAAUACAGGGACAAGAUUAUCAAUGCAGUGCAGAGUGACAGUGAUCCCCAGAUCACUUGCAGGAAACUGAGGCUGUGCUCGGGCUCCCAGGAACUGCUAGAUGACCUGAGCUGAUGCAUUCCCUGGAGGAGGCCCAGCUGGUGCCCACCCUCCCCACUGCUGCAGACUGCCUGGGGAGCUCAAAGCAUCGCAGCAGGCCUCAAAGCAUCACAGUGGACAACUCAACAGCUGAACGCUGAUGCAACCUCUUCCAGCAGCAUGUGCUUUGCAUCACCCAUCUCCAGCAGCUUCGUUGACCAUCUAGGCUGCCUCCGAAGCUGGUAACACAGCCCCAGAGAGGCUGGGGGGUGCCCCCAGCUGGACCUGCCCCUCCUUCCCCUGCCUCUGGCUUCCUCAGCAAUAAAGCACCAUAGGC